CCGACGCCUCUCACCAAACAUCCACCAUCAUCAACAACAGCUCCAAAACCAAACACCUUUACAUAUCUAUCGCUAAGAGGAUCUGAUAUGUCUUCGGGCUCUGCUGCACCUGCCAACCAGGAUUCCCUUAUUGCCGAACUUUCAAGCCUGACCGGAUUAGCUCCCGCAGAGGCAGAACAGUACCUCGCCGCUGCCAACGGCGAUCUUCAAAUCGCAGCUUCCCUCUUCUUCGAAGGCUCCCGCCUUUCAGCGCCUUACAGCGAAGGAGACGACGAUUCAGCUUCCGACAACGACAUGGCCGGCGACGAUCAACAACAGAACCCGAACCCCAACGUUCCUCAAGGCGGCGGACGCACCCUAGACGGCUCGUACGUACCUGGGCCUGCUUCUUCAUCAUCAGGACAACCAGCACAAGGCCGUCAAGCACCAGCUCAGCGUGGCUUGAGGACACUCGGAGACUUGCAAGGCCGAAGCGGCGGACAUGGCCACGGUCAUGAUCAUGACGAUGACGACGAGGAGGAUGACCAAGAGAACCAGGACUUUUUCGCCGGUGGUGAGAAAUCUGGCCUUGCUGUCCAGAACCCCAAUCAAGCAAAUCCUCGGGAUCAAAUCAAUAGCAUCCUGAGACGCGCCCGGCAAGGUGUACCACGUCCUGGUGGUGACAGUGCAGAGCCAGCUUCCCGCUUCACGGGUACCGGUAUGACCCUCGGAGGCGACGACGCUCCCAGUCGUGCGAUUCCAGAUCCCAGUGCAGAUGUUCCACAGCCGGCACCACGGGCCCAUCGUGAGCUUCAUCUCUGGCGCGAUGGCUUCUCGGUUGACGACGGACCGCUCUACCGUUACGAUGAUCCCACGAAUGCGCGCACGUUAGAGAUGAUCAACACAGGACAUGCCCCGCUACAUAUCUUGAAUGUUGAGCAUGGGCAAGAGGUCGAUGUCGAGGUGCAUCCGCACAAGGACGAGGACUACAAGAGACCAAAGCAGAAGUAUGUUGCUUUCGGAGGCUCUGGUCAGCGUUUGGGCAGUCCUACACCUGGUGCGUCGUCUACGCCACCUCCCCCUGCAGCUGCAACAUCGACAACCACCGCCUCGGCGCCAGUGUCAACUGGCUCGGCGGCAGCAACAGUUGCUGUAGAUUCCUCGGUGCCAACCAUCAAUCUCCAGAUCCGUCUUGGGGAUGGCACAAGGCUACAGUCUCAGUUCAAUACGACUCACACGAUUGGGGAUGUAUAUAACUUCGUGAAUGCGUCCAGCACCGCCAGCCUGCAGCGAGAGUAUGCUUUGAUGACGACCUUCCCCUCCAAGGAGCUUAAUGAUAAGAGCCAGGUCUUGGGCGACUUGGCAGAGUUCAAGCGUGGAGGGGUGGUGGUGCAGAAGUGGAAGUAAAGCAGUACAGGGCAAUCUCGUGUUCAUUGGUACUGCGUCGGAAAAUAAAAUUAGGGCGGCGGGUAUGAAGCUAUGAAGAUAAGAUGAUGAUGAUGUGCGAACCCCACGGACGGGAGCGAGGUGUCAGUUAUCUCGGGCUAAUCGACCGGCCUCAUUUCGAUUCAAAUGAGUGAAAUGAGAUAGCGGGAUUGUGCCAUCUCUCCCUUGCGAAAGGAUUCUGGCCUAGCGCAAACGUGAUAUGAUGUGUGCGAUGGACAAUAUCUUGACUGCAGAAGCAUAGGCAUUACUGGCUUGAGGAUUGUUAGAUAUGACCUUGCAAGAAUCCACAAAUAGACCCAAUUCUCUUAAGUGCUACCGUACGUCUAGUGUUCCAUGGAUUGACGUGACAAAGGUUAUGCCUACGUGCGGAUACUGUACUCGUAAGAAUCGAG